AUUUGAAGAUGGAAACCCAGUAUUUAUCUGGCGGGUUGAGACCCGGUACCCGGCCCCUUGCUAUGAAGCGCCACACUAGGCGCCAAGGGCGAGCAAAACAAAAUUUAUCUUCUUUCUCACAAACCCACCUAUCUUCUAUCCAAACCUUCCCACUCAGUCUCGAGCUCAAGCUCAACCCAUCAAAUGACUCUCCCGCCUCAAAUUUACCAACCAAGAAGGAAUUACCCUUGAUGGCUUUGCUACUUCUUCACUCUCCCUACACCACUGAACUCCAUCCCACCCUCAUGGAUGUCCCCGACCUUCGCCCUAAACCCCACCAUCUCCUCUCUGCCCGCAACCCUACUUCCCUUCUCGCCUCUUGUAACAACUUCCUUUCUCCCAGGAUUUUAUGCCAUCACAUAACUCUAAAGAAUAUGUCGAGAUUCACAUUUUGUGUCAAGAAACAUGAUUCUCUCGUAAGAGCCCCACUUAAGUCCACAAAGCAAGGCCAGUCAACUAGUACUUUCACUUUGAAAGGAUCAUGUGAGGUAGUCUGGACUAUAGAGGCUGAUUUGGCUGCCGGUCAGCGUCUGUACAUUACUGGGGAUCCCAGUGUCUUAGGCUGCUGGGAACCAGAUAUGGCUGUCUUGAUGUAUCCCACUGAGCAUGAACAUUUAUGGAAGGCUGAAGUCAAGAUAGCUUGUGGUGUUAGUUUCAAGUACAAUUAUUUCUUAAGAGGAGAAGCGCAUGAUUCACAUGACAUCAUUUGGAGAGGUGGACCUGAAUUUUCUUUAUUAGUGCCUGUCAAACAAAAUAGAAAAAUUGUAGUUAGAGAUUCAUGGAUUAGGUUUAACACCAAAAAGUCUCCAAUUUAUGCGUGGGGUUCUUGGAUAGAGGAGACUUAUCUUCCUGUAAAUCCUUCAAUCUCAGCUCCAGCAAGAGAUGAUGAGAUUGUAAAACAUCUUGAAAGUGAUUCAAAUGGGUCAAAGUUGUUCAUGAAUGAUAUCACACUUGAGGAUCAAUUGUAUGCUGAUGAUGAGGUUACGGUUACUGCUGCAAAUGAUGAUUCAAAUUCUGAUACAGCUUUUUUUGAAAGAGACCAGCCUGUUGAGGAACCUUGGUUACUCGAAUCAUCUCUGGUCUUCCUUGCAUAUAAAAAUAAGAUAAAGCCUGACAUGUCGAACAGAGAUGAGAGUGCGAAAGAUGAGGUGACAGUAUCAGAUACUAAUAAUCAGAAUUAUCUAAUUACUGACAAUUUGUUGUCUCAAGAAGGGAAUUUAAAAUCAAAGGAGGAUCCAAUUUCGACUGUUAUACUGAUUAAUUCUUCAAUAUGUACCAUGCAAAGGAUUGCUGUAUUGGAAGAUGGGAAGUUGGUUGAAUUGUUACUGGAACCUGUUAAAAGCAAUGUGCAGUGUGAUAGUGUAUAUCUAGGGGUAGUCACAAAACUUGUUCCCCAUAUGGGUGGUGCCUUUGUAAAUAUUGGAAACUCUAGACCUUCUCUCAUGGACAUUAAGCAGAACAGAGAACCAUUCAUCUUCCCUCCAUUUCGUCAUAGGACUAAGAAAGGACAAGUUAAUGGUUCUGUGUCUGGAACUCUUGAAGAACAUCCAGCAACCAGUGGGGACAGCCACACAUCUCUCAAUAUUAAAGUCAUUGAUGAUGUUGCAGAAGCCAACUCUCAGGAUGAUUCAGUACAAUUUUUGCACAACGAAGAUGAGGAACCUGAAAUUGAUGAUGACUUUGAUGUUUCAGAGGUUCUUAAGAAUGUGAAUGGUAGUAUACAUGAUUUUGGUGAAGCAGAAGCUGAUUUUGAGGACUUUUUAGAUGGAGAUCACCAUCUUGAUGGUGAAGCUAUGAAUGGUCCCUACCCUAUGAAAUCAAAAGGUUCUAAUGACACUGAAGUGUCUCAUACCCUGGAUAUGAAAGAUUCUAAGCAAGUAUCAACUAAGCAAAAUAAGUGGGGGCAAGUUCAAAAAGGAACCAAAGUAAUUGUACAAGUUGUCAAAGAGGGUUUGGGUACAAAAGGCCCAACUUUGACUGCUUAUCCAAGAUUAAGAAGUAGAUUCUGGAUACUAAUUACUCAUUGUGAUAGAAUUGGUGUCUCAAAAAAAAUAACUGGUGUCGAGCGAACGCGCUUGAAAGUCAUUGCAAAAACUCUGCAGCCUCAGGGUUUUGGUGUGACUGUAAGAACUGUUGCUGCUGGCCAUUCUUUAGAGGAAUUGCAGAAGGACUUGGAAGGAUUGCUUUCAACGUGGAAAAGUAUAAUGGAGCAUGCAAAAUCAGCUGCUCUUGCAGCAGAUGAAGGCGUGGAAGGGGCCAUUCCUGUUAUACUGCAUAGGGCAAUGGGUCAAACCCUCUCUGUUGUCCAAGAUUAUUUUAAUGAAAAGGUUAAGGAGAUGGUGGUUGAUUCUCCGAGAACAUAUCAUGAGGUUACCAAUUACCUUCAGGAUAUCGCUCCUGAUCUUUGUGAUCGGGUUGAGUUAUAUGAUAAGAGAAUUCCCCUCUUUGAUAAAUUUAACAUUGAAGAAGAGAUUGAUAAUAUGCUUAGCAAAAGGGUCCCACUACCUAAUGGAGGUUCUCUGGUGAUUGAGCAAACUGAGGCAUUAGUCUCUAUUGAUGUCAAUGGGGGACAUGGGAUGUUUGGUCAUGAGACAUCAAAAGAGAAAGCUAUUUUAGAUGUCAACCUGGCGGCGGCAAAACAAAUUGCGAGGGAGUUGCGGCUAAGGGAUAUUGGUGGCAUCAUUGUCGUAGAUUUUAUUGAUAUGGCAGAUGACUCAAAUAAGAGACUGGUCUACGAAGAAGUUAAGAAAGCAGUUGAGAGAGAUCGUUCAAUGGUGAAAGUCUCUGAAUUGUCUAGGCAUGGAAUUAUGGAAAUAACAAGGAAGAGGGUUCGACCGAGUGUGACAUUUAUGAUUAGUGAACCAUGCACUUGCUGUCAUGGUACUGGAAGAGUUGAAGCUUUAGAGACCUCAUUCUCAAAAAUUGAACAAGAAAUUUGCAGAUUGCUUGCAACAACGCAACAUAAAGCAGACCCUGAAAACCCAAAGUCCUGGCCAAGAUUUAUUCUGAGGAUUGAUCAUCACAUGUGUAACUAUUUAACUUCUGGGAAGAGGACAAAACUUGCAGUCUUAAGUAGUUCCCUCAAAGUUUGGCUCCUUCUGAAGGUGGCUAGAGGUUUCAGCAGGGGAGCGUUUGAAGUGAAACCAUUUACAGAUGACAAGUCAAGUGAAAGUCAGCAUCAAGUGGCCAUUUCAUUGUUACGACCAGCAGAGGCCAGUACCAAAAAAAACAGCAAAAAAGUGACUCUUGUUCCAAUCAAAAAGUUGAAAGCUGGCAGAAAAUGAUAUGAAAGAAAACAGAUUUACUUUUGUUCCCUGUAAAGUAGAAAUUGUAUUCAUUUAUCUAUAGUGGGGAAAGGAGGGUGCAGGAAGAAGCAAAUGCAUCAGUUUCAUCAUAAAGUAACGGGUUUCAUUGAUCAAGCACAAAGGAGAAAGUACUUAAUCCAUGAGAAGCCAAGAAGGCACGUGAUCGAGAGUGCAAAAAUGUGCA